AUUUGUCCUUGCAAUCUUUGGAAAUACUUCUUUUCUUCGCAUUUUGGGAGAUUAUAACAUCAGUUUCAGAGAGAUUUACUGCUUUAUUUUUUUUACUCAAACAAAACAAGCAUUGAUUCCUGCAUUUCUGAAGAUCUCAAGAUCUGGACUACUGUUGAAGAAAUUUCUAGCGAGACCCACUGUUACUGGAGAGAUGAUGAAUGAAUACAAGAAAAUUGUUCUACUUAAAGGAUUAGAGGUCAUCAAUGAUUAUCAUUUUACCACAAUUAAGUCCUUACUGACCCAUGAUUUAAAACUGACUAGAAAAAUGCAAGAUGAAUAUGACAGAAUUAAGAUUGCUGACUUGAUGGAGGAAAAUUUCCGCAGUGAUGCCGGUGUGGAAAAACUAAUAGAAUUGUUAAAAGAUAUACCAGCACUUAAAGGCCUUGUUAAAAAGCUUCGGACAGAGAAGUUAAAAGUUUCAAAGAAAUUUAAACACACCCCAGCAAAAGGAACAACCCUACCAAAAAAGAAAAAACAGGAAGAAGUGGGUCCUGAUACACCUGUACCCACCACAAGCAAAGCUCUCAUAUUUGAAGGAGCAGAGGGGACUCUGGCUGCUCAGAAAAGAAAAAACACAACCACAGAAAAGACUGGAACCAAAAAGAAAAAGGUGCCUGAGGAGCAGAUGCAGCCUCCCUGUCCUGCAGGAGCCAGCACGUCCUCAGCCAUGGGCCAUGCCCCACCUGCCCAGAUCUCAUCACCAGCUCCAUCCAGCACCUACUCAGCUGUGAAUAACACCCAGGCCCAACAUCAGGUGGCUGCCAGAAGAAGUAUCCUCCAAAAGGGCCCAAUGAUAGUGAUGGUACUGAAAGCAACAGAACCAUUUGAAUAUGAGUCCCCAGAAGAGGGCAUAAACACAAUGUUUCACGCUACAGUGGCUACUGAGAGUCAAUUUUUCCGAGUGAAGGUUUUCAAUACCAGCUUGAAAGAGAAAUUCACAAAAGAUAAGGUCAUUAUCAUAUCUGAUUACUUUGAAUGCAAAGGAAUCCUGGAGAUAAACGAAGCAUCGUUUGUGUAUGAAGCUGGUCUUGGUCAGAAGAUUAUGAUCCCUAGAAGCAUUAUCAAAAGAGCAAGUGAAACUCCCAAGAUCGAUCAUCUUCGCAAGCAAGCAUCAGGAACAAUAGUGUAUGGGCUGUUUUCGUUACAAAAGAAAAAAGUGAACAAGAAGAACACAAUCUAUGAAAUACAGGAUGAUACGGGAAUCAUGGAUGUCGUGGGGAAUGGAAAAUGGCAUAAUAUCAUGUGUGAGGAAGGAGAUAAACUUCGACUCUUCUGCUUUCAACUGCGAACAGUUGACCGCAAGCUGAAACUGAUGUGUGGAACCCACAGUCUGAUCAAGGUCGUCAAAACCAGGAAAAGCAAGAAAGAACCAAUCAAUUUGAAUUUAAAUCUGGAAGUCGAUAUAAAGAACGUCCCUCCAAAUCAAUUAGGUGGCAUUAAGAGUGAUUUUGUAAAAGUUGAAACAUUUAUGUAAAUAAUAUUCAGUAGAUAUAUUCUAGCAUAUUAGGAGUUUUUAUAUCUGAGUUUUAUAUGCUUUAUUUUCUAAAACUUUCUAAUUAAACUCUUCUGUAUUUU